AUGGCCAUGUCAUCAUCCCCCAUCGUUAUCAGAUAUCCCUCACAGCAAGGUGGUGAACUAUACGUCCCAGUUCAUAAACGACGCUUCUCAAACACUCAGAUCGUUACCGGGGUCAGCCCCUCCAGUUCAGAUACCAACUCAUCGCGAUCCUCGUCACCCUCACCGUCAGAGGCGAGUUCACUUGCGAGCGACUUCUCAUCCAGCCUACACAUCGGUAGACCCCUCGUUGUCAGCAGCAGCCCCUCACUUGGUCAUGCCCCUAUCCCUAUAUACAGCCCCGCAGACCUAAUUCUCCUAUCAUCCUCCCCUCUUUCAAAGCUCUCGAAAGAGCACAAAGAUGCUCUCCACCUGGCUGUGCCGGAGGUGGUGCUAAGCAGUAAACGACGCAAGGCACAGGAGUGGCGAGCCCGCCAGAUGGCUCUGUCACACCAGAGCCCUCGCCCGAGCACCCAUCCCUCGAACAAAGUCUCCUCACGUUCAUCGCAUCACCCUGAGGCAGACCAGUCAACCUGGAGGAGGUCUAUCUAAACCUAAAUUAUUAUUGCAUAAUAGACGACAUCACGGCUCGGGAUAUACCACACAUAUGGGGAUGGACUGUUGUAGCAUUGUACCGUGCAUCUAGUAAUCAUAUACAAGAUUAGACCACUCGAACACAGGCCGUGCUUCGUCGGACAGUCACGCGCAUGAUAAUCGGUAAGGGUCCGUGAGGUAAACAAAACGAAAACAAUAGAGCCGGAACCAAGACAAAAGAUCGGAUAAUACUAGCUAAAGACCAACUGCCUCCUUCGCCCAUUCCGAAACCCGGAGCUGCGUCACUCCGACUGCUAAAACGAACACAGCAAUCAACACCACAAAAUAACACCGCCGACCAU